ACUGAGAUUAUAUUUCACCCCAUCUCAUUUCAUUUAAUUUCCAGUCAAUUUAUUACUGUUUCAUAUUAAUCAACUUCAUUUCAUUUCUCUUCAACAUCAUUUUCAUUAAAAAGGAAAAAUUAGGGUGUAUGAUAUAAUGCCUUUGUCUUUCCAAUUAGAAAAAUAGAACUAUUACUACUGUCUGCUGUGAUAGAAUGUCAAAAGUUGAAGAAACUUUGUUAUUGUUUUCAUCAAGAUAAUAAAAAGAUACUAAAAUUAUAAUUUGUGUAAGAUUAUGAAUUAAAAUUAAAAAUUAAUAAAAAAUGUCAUGGAAACGAUUGUAUCUGAACAGCGAUAAAUAUACAUACGAAUAUUUUCGUCAAGGGAAAGUAUGUAGAAUCUGUUGGCAGACGAAUGCGUCUAAAGAGAUCACGAAUAUAUGCGACAAAGACGUUAAAAUAUCAUUACUCGAUAAAAUCGUUUACUGUUUGAACAUUAAACUGUUGCCGUGGCCCGACAUCAAUGGGAUAUGCGACGAAUGUUGCAACGAAAUCGAACAGUUUUACGAAUUCAAAACCUUCUGCAGCAAAGCAGACAACAAACUUCAGGAAAUCUACAAGAUCGGCUUCGAAGCGAAACGCCAGGCCGACAUCAAAAUAGAGACGAACGAUUUUUUGAAUUUGGAAUCGCCGCAUUUGGAUUCCGAUUUCGAAGAGAAUCACCGGCCAGUUACAGAGAAAAAAGUAAAGAAAAUACGAAUGAAACAUAAAGCCCCCCAUUCAUCGUCGUACUGUACGCUGUGCUUGUUGGACAUGGAGAGCGUUGAGAAAUUGAAGUCGCACAAAGCAGAGGCUCACGGAAUCGAAUUAGACGGGACCUUCAAGUGUUUCGGCUGCGAGAAAAAAUGUAAAACGUGGAAAACGAGACAGAGUCACGAGAUAUAUUUCUGUAAAGGCCUGAAAGAUGGAUUUAAGUGUUCGAUAUGCAAUCGGUACUUGCCGAAACGUAGGACUUACGAGGCUCACAUCCGGGACCACAUACACAACAGGAAGAUAAAACUCCCGGAGAAAUUGUUCAAGUGCAACAAAUGUUUGCAGUGCUUCAAAACGAAGCAGAGUCUAACGGAACACAGCGAAGAACACCAGGAGACGAAGAAAAACUUUGUAUGUGACGCUUGUGGAAGGGUAUUUUCUAGACAAGACUAUCUGCACAAACACAAGCUCACCCACACAGGAGUCAGGAGAUACGGCUGUCCGCACUGCAAUUUCAAAGCAACGCAGAGAUCUUCACUUACAGUUCACAUCAGGAAGCACACGGGUGAGAAGCCGUACAGUUGUGACGUGUGCCCACAGCGGUGUAUAUCUAGUUCGAACCUGCGGGCUCAUAGACGGAGACACCUCGGUCUAAAGAAGUUUGAGUGUCCGAUCUGCAAUAAGAAGUUCGGUUACAAGACCAGCCUAGAGGAGCACGUGUCUUCGAACCACGGCCGCACCGAGCAGCACACGUGCGACCACUGCAGCGCCACGUACAGCCGGAAGCGUGGCCUGCAGCGACACCUGGCGGCGAAGCACGCGAAACAGAACGGAGCCGCAAUGGAAAGCGAACCGAACCCGCAAGACAAUAAAAACGUAAUGAAAGGUUACGAUUUGAAAAUGGAAAAGUUCUGUUGGUAGUUUGGUUUUAGUGUUGACAGUAAGUAGCUUGAGUGACGUGUUGGCGGCGAAACACGCGAAACAGAACGGAGCCGCAAUGGAAAGCGAACCGAACGCGCCCGACGAUAAAUCCGAAAACGCAAUGAAAGGCUACGAUUUGAAAAUGGAAAAGUUCUGUUGGUAGUUUGGUUUUAGUGUUGAGAGUAGCUUGAGUGACGCGUUGGCGGCGAAGCACGCGAAACAGAACGGAGCCCGCAAUGGAAAGCGAACCGAACCCGCAAGACAAUAAAAACGCAAUGAAAGGUUACGAUUUGAAAAUGGAAAAGUUCUGUUGGUAGUUCAGUUUUAGUGUUGACAGUAGCUUGAGUGUGGGUGUAGGUCACCGGUGCCCUACGCGGCGCACUGAAGUAAUUAUGUCGACUAUAAUUAAUUGAAAUUAUAAGUUUGAAAAUUAUUAUGGUUCUAUUGUCAAAGAUUAAUAAACUUAGAUAAUCACAGAUUUCGCCAAGACUACACUAUAGAUAAAUAAUAUUAAAGACAAACAAUAUUAAUCUAUUCUCAAUUUGACCACAGACUAUAACAAUAAACAAAAGAGUAUGUAUGCGUGUGUGUGUCAGAUACAUGGUAGUGUGUGUAACCUUUUUUAUUUAUAUAAUGCCUUAAUUUUAACUUUUUAAUUUUUACUUGUGGUAGGACGUCUUGUCAGUCCGCACGGGUAGGUAUCAGCACCCUGCCUAUUUCUGCCGUGAAGCAGUAAUGCGUUUCGGUUUGAAGGGUGGGGCAGCCGUUGUAACUAUACUUGAGACCUUAGAACUUAUAUCUCAAGGUGGUUGGCGCAUUUACGUUGUAGAUGUCUAUGGGCUCCAGUAACCACUUAACACCAGUUGGGCUGUGAGCUCGUCCACCCAUCUAAGCAAUAAAAAAGAAAUAAUAAUAAUAAUGCAUAAUUAAAAAAUUUUUAGCAUUCAGCACUCCUUCUCUAUAUUCUCUAUAAGUGUGGGAAAUUUCAUAGGUACUCCUCUGUCCGCGCAAUUUUCGUAAAAAACGGGAUACAAAGUUUAUGCUUCACGCAUUAAUAUAUAGAUUUAUGUUACUAACACGCCUGAAUAUCUAGUAGUCUCUGGGAAAGACGAAUCCGAAGAUACAGAGAAUGAAUCUAUUUCUAAGAUACGUAAAAGACUAAAACUUAGAUUAAUAAACCAAAAGAAGGCAAAGUUAGUCAAUCCAGGCGCCUCAGUACAGAAAUCGACGUAAUUACUUCAGUGCGCCGCGUAGGUCAUCGGUGACCUACACGACAGUCGAAGGGUUAGGGAGAAAUUUAUCGUGAACAUUUUUAUUAUAUCGAGGGUAGGCGGGUUUUGAAUACACGUAUUGGUACCAGCCUCCUUCCUAUUUCAUUCCAGACUGAAUGUAGACUGAAAGAGUCUACUCGUUAUCCUAACAUAGAGGCUUGUAUGUCAUAAUCCUUUGAGCGCGAACCGUCGAUAUAUCGACUCUCUAUUGAUGCGUGUAAAGUGCAGAGCGUCGAAAUACCGACUCGAUGCCGCAGUUCGAUUGUAGGUAUUAGUUAUCGACCUGUACGGACGUGUCUUAGCGCGGGCGUGUAUGUACAACGUUUUUAAUAAGUUAAUAAACAUUUAUAAGUAGCUAUUUAAAAUUAUUUUGCUGUGAAUUUAGUAUUGAUUUUUGUUUUUUUUUAAAUUAAAGGUUUUUUUUUCUUAAAUCCUCUAGAGAUUUCUACAAAAUAUGUGAAUUUUUUUAUGUCAUAAUGUCUUGGAAAUCGAUGAGCACCGUCUGCACGCACGAAAAAGUGUCACGUUCCGCCUGAGCGUGCAAGCGAGAGCGCGGAACGAGCGAUAGAGAGGCACGAUCCGCCCAAGCGUUGGCUUGCGACACAUUUAUCUCUCUUCUCACGUGACGUCAGAGCUAACAGUUCGAAUGGUUCUGCUACUGACGUUAUCACGUAAAACUAUCGUCUAUAAAUCGACUUUACAACAGUCAAUAUUUUUUUUAAAUUACUUAGUGAAUUCAAAGUCUUAUUUAUAUUGUUGGAGAGCUAUUGUUCUUUCGAGGCAGAUAUAAAGACUGGAUCUUUGGCACCAGUGCGGGUUCGAAAUAUGGGCCACUACUUAUACUACUAAUUCGGGUUGUUGGUUGACAUACGCUGAUACAGUAUUGGGUGAAGGCUGAUGUCGUUUCGCCGGAUAAUCUCUCGACCACUCCAGAGGAAGAGAUAACUUGAUAAAAAAAAAUGUAUACUCGUAAUGACAACUCAAGAGAUGUCUCAUAUAAGCAGUUCGAUUUAUUAAUGAGUAUGUAAAUAAUUGAUGUUUUAUUUAUGACCUUAAUACGACAGGUAAAGCAUAAAUCUCGUAUGUAAAAAGUAAAAUGAAUUCGAAUUAAAUUUUUUUUAGUUUUAUCUGUAAUUGUAUUGGGCGGUUGCUCUUAAAAGCAAUUGAGCCGUCCGCCAGCGUAUUCUAAGCUACAUUUUAUUUAAAUGAAAUAAGAAUAAAUUAUUAUUAAAUUGACAUCGUGCAAUUAAUAAAA